AUGAAGCGUCUCGAGUGGCUGCUGCUCCUGGCGUUUGUAGCCUCCGUGUCAACGGCAGUGGCUCCAAGGAGGAGGCGUCACAGCAUUGUGGAAUCGCCUUCCUCGAGCCCCGGCGAUUGGGGAUCGGCCUGGGGCCUGGGUCCCGAGAUGGCGCUCGUGAGGAGGGUUUACGAUGACUGCCAGGACAAGAACGACUUUAUCGGCUGCCUCAAGCAGAAAGCCCUCCAUGCCCUCAGUCGAGCCCUGGACCAGGACUCCAUCAAGAUCGUGGAUGGCCUGGUGCUGGAGAAGCAGAACCAGAGCGAAACGGAGAGCAUCUUGGGCUCCCUGACGGAUGCCCGCCAGUUUGGCAACCUGGCUCCCAUCGAUCGAGCCCUUCUCUCCAAGGCGGACAAGCUCAUGCGGACGCACACGGUCAAGAUCGACAUGGACGGAGGCGGUGGCGGCGGAGAGGACAGUGUGGGCCGAGGCCACGAGCACAAGAAGAAGAAGCACAAGGAGGGGGGCCACAUCAAGUACGUGGUGGCCGCCCUCCUCACCGCCAUGGGAAUCGCUGGUCCUCUGGGUCUAAAGGCUCUGGCCGCGAUCGCCGGCAAGGCCCUUGUCAUCAGCAAGGUGGCCCUCACUAUUGCCGGGAUCAUUGCCCUAAAGAAACUCUUUUCGCACGACCACAGCGAGGAGACUAGCUUCCAGGUGCAUGCCGGCGAACACAACAGGCGCAACACAUACGUGAUCCGGCCGGUGUCCAAGACGAGCGGUGGGGUAGCAGCUGGUGGAGUGGGCGUGACUGCUGCCGGUGGCAGCUCAUCGGUGGAUCCUUAUCGCUACUACUACGACUACCACCAGCAGUAA